AUGGCGCACCAAACGACCGAAAAUGUAACGGGCUCAUGGAACCCGGCAUCAUGGCCUGAGGACAGUAAGAAUACAGCUACGAUGACUUCGACCGAGGGAGGUUUAUCAGAUCUCAUUGCGGCGGACGACUCGAAAGACAACUCACUGGCCGACGUGAUCUCCCCUCAAAGCGAUGAUUUCUCCGCGUGGGAUAUUUCAGAUGAAGUCGACGUGACUCCCGCUCAAUACACGAAUAUGGACGAGCUAGUGAAUAACGCAUCACCUGCUGUGGAUGAGGCACCGUCUUUGAAUGCUGUCACAGUGGAUAAGGGCGCUGAGAUUUCAAGUGGAACAACCGGAUCAGCCCCCACUACGCCAUCCUUUAAUGACACUUCAGACGCCGUCACAAAGCUGGCACCAUCGGAGACACAUGCUGCAGAGCCCGAGCCGGUCCAGACAGAAUCACCUUCAACCGAAGUCGAACGUGAGACCACCGAGAAUCUCUCCGCUGGCCAAGAGCAGCUUCUGUCUCCUGUCCCACAGGUCUCGGAUCCCAUCAUACCCACUCUUGCGGCCAAGCAAGAAGCUGCCCGGGACUUGACUUUUGUUAGAGAGAUUGCGCCUUCCACGGAUGAGCAAACGGCUGCACCCGAAGCCGAAGCCGUGCUGGAAAGUUCUCAGGCCAGUAAUAACCAGCAACAAAGUCCUAUAAAAGAGUUUUUCCCCCAAACCGAUGAAGCCGAUACCGACCCCGAAGAUCCCUGGGCCACAUUUGAACAACACUUGAGCAAGUCUUUACCAUCUACCAACGAGGCCCCGCCAUGCGAAAAUCAGACUACGAUUUCUGAACCAGACUCGAGCUUAAGCGAACCUCAGAAUACUGUAGAGUCGAACUUUGUUGAAGAAGCUGCACCAGCGGCGGCGGAAGAACCUGUGCCUACCAAUGCUCCCUUCGGCCAUGAAAGCAACCGUGUCCUUCCAUUCGCAGAGGAGACCAAUGUGCCAAUGGAAAACGGCACUGAGUCGACUUCUGUUGCACAAGAAUUUCCUGUGACCAAUGAAACCCCUUCCGAUCCACCGGCUGCGCAACAGCCCGCGAACAAUCACAAUGAUCUUCCUUGGGCCAAUGGGGCGAACGGUGGUGUUGACUCGGAUGAGGAUGACUUCUAUAAUCAACUCCGAAGUCAGACAAAACCGAUUUUUGCACCGCCAGAGGCAGAAUCCAGGUUCGAGGAAGGAGUUCCUCUGUUGGACGAGUCCACACCUGCUUCACCUGAACAGCCAGUGGAAGUAAAGAGCUCUAUUGAUCACAUUUUCGCCAAUGAUGAGGACACCGCGGAUGACUUUUUCGGCUCUGGGGAGAGAACGGAGGAUAGCAAGGAAGGAGAUGAUUUCUUCUCGAAGCAGCACACCGAAGAAGAGACUCACGCCCACCUUACCCGAAAGAGCACAACACAGGUGUUGGAGUCUGCUGGAUUCAGCCUUGACUCUCCAGUGAGUGACGCAUCGGCAGCAGCGCAGUUCGAUGACCUCCUCAAGGGGGUGACAUCUGAACCACAACCAUCGGUUGAGCAACAGCCAGCAACCGAGCCCCAAGUCGCGACCGAGCCUUCGGAAGAGGAGCUUGCAGCAAGAUGGGAAGCCGAAUUAGGCGAUUCACCAGAUGAUGAUCUGGCAGCUCGUUGGGAGGCGGCAUUGGAUGACGACGAUAUCUUGCUGGAUACCGAAUCCACUCAACCAGUCCCUCCUCAAGUCCCCGUUCAGCAAACUCCCGUUCAGUCUGCCACCAGUGUGCUGUCGACAGGUUUGAACAGCCCCUUCCAAACCCCUCAGCCCUAUUUGCAGUCAAGACCAGCCACGGACGUACAUACGCCCCACCAGCCAUCGACUUCGGAUCUACUAGGCGGGCUGCCUAUACCAGGAACCGCCCCGCCAUCAACCGCUGCCAUGCCAUCAUACUUCCCCCAAAACCCACCGAAUCCAGUGGUAACCAGAGGAGAGAGCUUUGCGGAACAGUCAAAACAGGGUUACAAAUCUCCUUACGAUCUCCCAGAUGAUUUAUCCAGGCCACGAAAGCCAUUGGUUACCCGUAAGACUGGUCCACCAGUGACCAGUAUGCCCCCUCCUCCUCCCCCAGGAGGUUCUGGCAUGCCACCUCCUGCAACUGGAUUUAUUCCGGCGGCUCGUGCUGCGGCGGCUACGGCCCCUCCACCUGCGCCCAAGAAUUUCUACGAAGAGCUUCCUAUGCCACCGCCGAGAUCAAGACCUGCUAGCUCAGGUCGUUAUACUCCUAAUCCGCAGGCGGCCCCCGCCCCGACUGCAAUGGCACCCCCCAUGCCACCAGUCCCUCAGAACCCAUACGCAGCCGGGGGAAUAUCCGCUCUUCCUCCAGCUCAUAAUCCAUAUGCAAAUGUGGGGUCAGCCAUCCCUCCUCCGCAGAGCCAAUACCCACCCGCAGGAGCAUCUAUUCCUCACCCGGCCCUAGCACCAUAUGCCUCUGUUGCACCGGCAACGACGCAGCCAAUUGGGCUCCCAGUUUCAUCUGCGCUUCAACCCCCCGAACAGUUGGAUCCGUAUGCUAGCUUGGCAUCGAGUGCACCGGCUGGUCCUCCUGCUAUCUCAAGGUAUUCUCCUCAGCCGCUUGGCUCGCAGCUGACGUCAAAGCCCCCUUCGCUGCCAAGAUAUUCUCCUGCGCCGCCUCCCAGUGCCGGGGAACGCCCCAGGUAUCCUUCGCAGCCAUUGAAUGUCCCCGGUCAGAGCUUGCCCUUCCAACCACGUACAUCGAGCCCCCUCGCAUAUCACGAGAAAGUCUCUUACCAGCCCGAUAAUUCACAAAAACCACCAACGCUCGAGCCUGCGAUCAACCUCUCUCCACCAGGCAAGCAGGGAUCCGGCUUCGAGACCAUGGCCAAACCCUAUGCCCCACAGCAUCAUAAUGCCGCUGUCAACAUUGCGCGGAGAGAGAGUGCGAGCUCACCCGUUCAAGCAUCCCCACCCCAUGGACGAUAUGCUCCACAGGAUUACAUCAAUGACUUUGCCCAGCGUCUUGCGCCAACUUCCAACUAUCCUGCCAUGGGUCCUCUUCGCAGGUCUCAAACGCAAUCACCUGGUCGGGACAUGACUAGCCCGCGCUCAUCUGGCCAAACCAUCAAUACACUCCAAAGACCAGCUUCGGUGCAUGUUUCGGGAUCUCCAACAAAGACAGUGAAUUCAUACGCGCCUGUGCAGCUUCCUCCGCAAAAUCGGGCUGUCACCCAGCACCUGGAGUUCAUUGCACCCAGGGAUGGACAGGAACAGGAUCCCUUAGAACGUUGGAAGGGUGCCCCGAUCUUCAAGUUUGGGUUUGGUGGAUCUAUGGUAUCUUGUUUCCCACGACACAUUCCCCGAUACUCAGCCGGUCAAGUGGCGCCAAUGAUCAAACCCACUCCCGGUGAAACAAAGAUCUCCAAGCUGAACGAAUGGCUGCCGUCCAUUGAUACUAUUGCACAGCACCCCGGCCCUCUGAAGACAAAAUCCAAGAAGAAGGAUUUGGUUGCGUGGCUCUCUAGCAGGAUUGCUGCCUUUGAGAAUGUCGGCGUUCCAAGCUUCGACCAAGUUCAAUCGGAUAUGCACAAGCGCCACGACGAGAAGACGCUUCUUUGGAAGGUUGUUAAAGUGUUGGUAGAAAACGAUGGCAAACUGGAAACUUCCCCGGAAAUUCAAAAGUCUCUGCGCCAGGCUAUCUUUCCCAACCUGCCUACUCCCGAUGCGGAUGGAUCAUAUGGCAGUAAUGCGGCAUUCAGUGGAGUAGAUUCUUCGGGUGUGGAUUUGCAGUCCGAUGCAAUUGACGCCCGAUGGCUUGAGGAACUUCAGCUCCACUUGAUCUCUGGCGAUCGCGAGAAAGCUGUUUGGGGUGCCGUCGAUCGUCGUCUAUGGGGACAUGCGAUGCUCAUCGCCUCCACCAUGGACAAGUCCAUCGGGAAACAGGUCACUCAGGAGUUCGUUCGCCGUGAAGUUCGAUCCAGAAGCGAGAACUCCGCCUCACUUGCAGCGCUUUACGAGAUCUUCGGUGGUAACGUUGAAGAAAGCAUCGAUGAGUUGGUACCCCCGUCUGCACGGGCAGGUUUGCAGUUGAUCAGCAAGGCCGAUGGCCAGGGCGCUACUAGAAAUGCCCUUGAAGGAUUAGAUAAGUGGAGAGACACACUGGGACUGGUGUUGAGCAAUCGUAGUCCCGAGGACCACCAAGCGCUCCUUGCGCUUGGGCAACUACUCGCAUCUUACGGACGCACAGAGGCUGCGCAUAUUUGCUACAUCUUCUCGCGCUCUGCCGUGUUCGGUGGCCCUGAUGACCCGCAGGUCAAUAUAGUUCUGCUUGGUGCUGACCACCAGCGCUCGCCUUCUUCUUUGUUAGAUGAAGAUGCUAUCAUGCUGACCGAGGCGUACGAGUAUGCUACAUCUGUUCUUGGCAACUCAACCACUGCCAAUCUGCCCCAUCUGCUGUCAUUCAAGAUACUGAAUGCUAGGUGCCUCGUUGACCGAGGGCGUAACACAGAGGCGCAAGCCUACUGCGAUGCUGUUGCGUCGGCUCUGAAAGCAACCACUCGUCCCUCGUCAUACUACCACCAGCACCUCUUUGCGGAAGUUGAGGAGCUCUGUGCACGCCUCCGCCAAACAACAACGGAAAGCGGCUCUUGGAUCUCUCGACCGAGCAUGGAGAAGGUGUCAGGCUCCAUGUGGGCUCGCUUCAACAACUUCGUGGCAGGAGACGACAGCGACGCUGCAUCGACUGGAUCCGGCAAAGGUGAGCAAGGAGACAUCGGUCCCUUCGCAAACGUCGCCGGAACCCCUACGAUCAGCCGCUCGCCGUCAGUGUCUGAUAUUUACGGAUCCUAUCCUGGCCCCGGAGCCGGAGUACAGCCUAUUCCCGCAGGCGGCGCCUCAAAGUAUCACCCGUCGAGCCAGUAUGCACCCAACGCUUCGCCCGAGCAAUUCAAGGGCAGAUCCUCGAUGGAUUCUCAGCGAUCAAACCCAUACUUCCCGCCCACUGGACGUCGCAGCUCACAAGAAUUUUCCCCCUCGCUUGAUGGUCAGAUGUCAUACGGCGGACCUAUAUAUGGAUCUCCAAAUGCUUCUGCGGCCGGAUACCAACAAACUCCGCCAUCUUCUUCUUAUAUUCCUCUCGCUCCGGUGGAAGAAGCUUUGUCGCCCGCUGCCGAGGCUCCUGUAGCCCCACAGUCUGCGCUUAAUGGUCUCUUCUAUCAGCCAACAGGACAGACUGCUGCAUCCACCGAGUCUCCUUACUACCAAGGACCUCCCGGCAUGCCUGCUGGGGUGGACGCCUCAAACUCACCUUACGCGCCUCCCGCUGCGAACUCGUCUUAUGAGCCGGUCGGUACCAACAUGUAUGAGCCGGUCGCCACUAGCUCUUACGAGCCGGCCGGGGGCAGUUCCUCUUACGAUCCAUAUGGCGCUGGCUCAAACAUGGACGAUGAUCCUCAAGAACAAAAUGAGAAACCAAAGAAGAAGUCGUUCAUGGACGAUGACGACGACGAUGACCUUGCUGCCCGAGCUGCUGCUGUGCAGAAGGCAGAGAAUGACCGUCUGGCCAAGGAGGCGUUUGCCAAGGCCGCUGAAGAAGAUGCUAAGAAAGAUGCUCAGCCUGGCAAGAAGGGCUGGUUUGGUGGCUGGUUUGGUGGAGCCAAGAAGGAAGACAACCACUCCGGUGGCGGUCCCAUCAAAGCCAAGCUCGGCGAGGAGAGUUCAUUUUAUUUCGACAAGGAUUUGAAGAAAUGGGUCAACAAGAAAGACCCAAACAGUGCCACACCUGUCCGCGCCACCCCACCUCCGCCCCGAGUAUCUGCCCCUCCCAGUCGCACCACGAGCUCAGGCAGCAUGCCACCAAAUGGAGUGCCUCCGGUCCCUCAACUGCCGGCGAUGUCCGCUUUUGGCAGCAGACCCCCCUCUUCAUCUAGCGCCGCGCCUCUUUCGUCAAGCCCGGGUAUCUCAGGGCUAGCAGUGCCCCCUCUCCCUAGGUCCGUUUCUACCAGUGCGGCUAUGCCAACACCACCGGGUAGCUCCAGCGGACCGCCGCCCCGUCCCUCGUCGUCGUUGACUCACGCCAGCUCGAUUGAUGACUUGAUUGGUGCGCCUACGGCCCGCAAGGGUAACACCAUCCGCGGCAAGAAGAAGGGCCGUUACGUUGACGUGAUGGGCCAAUAA